CGCACGUGAUUGGACAAGCAAUGAGAGCAGCUCGCGUCUCAUCCUUGGUUACCUUGAGCUCGUGGUGACGGACGGUGAUGGAGAACAACCGCUGCUUCGCCAACCGAUUUGCGGAUUACAAAGGCGCUCUGCUGCCGGGACAGGGCGCCGAGGUCAUCAUCCCCGCAGUAAUCUCCACAGUGGACAAAAUUCUCAAGAAGGUUCCGCUUGAUGUCAGCGACUGCGACGGCGGGCUGUACGACGGCCCCGCCGGGGUGGCGUACAUGCUCUUCCACGUCAGCGAGUGCCCGCUCUUUUCGGAGCAGCGGGACGUGUACCUGAAGACGGCCAAGCAGAUCAUUGACAUAUCUGUGAGAUAUGUGGACACGGAGCCGGACAAGAACAUGCGCGCUGCCUUCCUUCUCGGGGGCGCGGGGAUCUAUGCCGUUGCGGCGCUGAUCUAUAAGGCUCUGGGCUUGGCAGACUUCGUCAAACCGUUGACUAAAUUUCGCAACCUGUGGGAGGUGUGUGCCCCCAUCAAUUUCCUGGAGUGCGGCUCUGAUGAGCUGUUCGUGGGGCGCGCUGGGUACCUCUGCGCGGCUCUGGUCCUCAAGCAGAAACUGGGCAUCGAGAUCCUCAGCAAAGAUCAAAUUAAAUCCAUCUGCCAGGCUAUCAUCGAGUCUGGGAAACAGUACGCACGGAGGAAGAGAAAGCCCUUCCCUCUCAUGUACUCGUAUUAUGGGACUGAGUACCUCGGUGCGGCCCAUGGCCUGUCGUCUGUGCUGCAGAUGCUGCUGAGUUACCAGGACAUGCUGAGCGGGGCAGAGAAGGACCUGGUGUGGCAGAGUGUGGACUUCCUCAUGAACCAGGAGCAGAACUGUAACUGGCCUGCCGAGCUGGGGGCCAUCAUCGAGAGGGAGAAUGAGCUGGUGCACUGGUGCCACGGAGCACCUGGUGUUGCAUAUCUCUUCGCCAAAGCGUAUCUCAUCAAUAAGAAGCCUCAGUACCUGGACACUUGUAUUCGCAGUGGGGAACUGGUGUGGCAGAAGGGCCUGCUUAAGAAGGGCCCAGGGAUCUGUCACGGUGUGGCAGGCAGCGCUUAUGUUUUCCUCCUACUCUACCGCCUCACAGGAAACUCCAAAUACAUCUAUCGUGCUCAGAGGUUUGCAGAGUUCAUCUACACUGAAGAAUUUAAGACAGGCUCGCGCUCGGUCAUCAGCAUUUACAGUUUGUUUGAAGGCUUAUCUGGGACCGUCUGCUUCUUGGUGGACCUGCUGCAACCGGACCAGUCGGAGUUCCCUCUCUUCAGCGUCUUUGUGUGAACUAUAUCUGCCUCCAAUCUGAAAAUACAAAAGUGUCUGGAGGCCUUCUGCAUCUAUGGCAGCGUGGGCCGUGUGGAGGAGCCCUAUGUCAGCAUCACCAGGAAGAAGCAG